ACUAUCUGGCCCUUGAUAAAAAACCUGCGGUCAGGAGUCAGCCAGCGGUGUGAUCUGAUCUUCCAAGUUUCAAUCCUUCAAACCACGGCCUCUUUUUGAUUUCCCUGGCCUUCGUCUCCCUCAUCUCAUCACAAUGGCCUCCGGUAUGGAAUGCCUCAAGCUCACCAGCAAGAAUCUGCCCUUGAUCUCCUCGCAGCAGAGCAACGAAAAGGUCCAGAUCCCUACGUACGCCCGGGAUGACGUCAAGGAGGGAAUUGUCCACGUCGGCGUCGGCGGCUUCCACAGAGCUCAUCUGGCCGUAUAUGUCGAUCAAUUGCUGCAGAAGCACGGCGAGCGCAACUGGGCCAUCUGCGGCGUCGGUCUGCGUCCCAACGAUGCUGCCAUGCGCGAUGUCUUGAACGCUCAGGACCAUCUGUACACCGUCAUUGAGCGCUCCGCCAAGGGCAGCCGCGCCAAGGUCGUCGGCAGCAUCAAUUCGUUCCUCUUCGCGCCCGACGACCGCGAGGCCGUCAUUGCCAAGAUGGCUCACCCGGACACUCACAUUGUGUCGAUGACCAUCACCGAGAGCGGCUACUACUACAACGAAAACACCCACGAGCUGCAGGCUGAGCAUCCCGACAUCCAGCACGACAUUGACCCGGCCAACGAGAACGCGCCCAUCAGCACCUUUGGAUUCCUCUACGCUGCGCUGGCCCGGCGUCAUGAGCAGGGCAUGAAGCCCUUCACCGUCUUGUCCUGUGACAACAUGCAGCACAACGGCUCCAUCUCCCGCCGCAUGCUCGAGUCGUUUGCUCGUCUCCGCAACCCGGAGCUGGCCAAGUGGAUUGUCGAGGAGGGAGCUUUCCCCAACGCCAUGGUCGACCGCAUCACUCCCGUCACCUCGCAAGCCGACAUCAAGUCGCUGGCCGACAACUUUGGCAUCGAGGACGGUUGGCCCGUCGUGACGGAGCCCUUCAUGCAGUGGGUUGUCGAGGAUAAGUUCUGUGAUGGCCGCCCGCCGUUUGAAAAGGUCGGCGUCCAGGUCGUCCAUGAUGUGCACGACGUCGAGCAGUUUGAGAAGCACAAGCUGCGUCUUCUCAAUGCCAGCCACUCCGCCAUGGCUUACCCGGGUCAGCUGGCCGGCUUCAAGUACGUCCACGAGGUCAUGGAGCACCCCAUCUACCGCAAGUUCGUCUGGCAGAUGAUGCAGGAGGAGGUCAAGCCCCUGCUGCCCGAGAUCCCCGGCGUCGACAUUGACGAGUACUGCAAAACGCUGACCGAGCGCUUCUCCAACCCCACCAUCAUGGACCAGAUUCCCCGUGUUGCCCUCAACGCCUCGGGCAAGAUCCCUCAGUUCAUCAUGCCUUCCAUUGCCGAGCAGAUCUGGGUGUCCGGUCCCUUCCGGCGCCUGUGUUUCGUCGCUGCUGGCUGGUUCCGUUACAUCAACGGUGUUGACGACGCGGGCAACACCUUCGAGGUCGAGGAUCCCAUGCUCGAGCAGCUCCAGGCCCUGGCAAAGGCAGGUGGCAAUGAUCCCCGCCAGUUGCUCAGCAUCAAGAUGCUGUUCGGUGACGACUUGCGAAACGACCAGCGCUUCCUUGACGAGGUCUCCAAGGCUAUGGAGCUUAUUGCCAAGGACGGCGUGAUGGCAACUCUUCCCAAGUACGUCGACUAAACCACAUCGGAGACGUUGUGGUCGACUUGUUACGCUAUAGACGGAGUUUGAUGUUAUAAUGAGUACGGAUACACUGGACUAGAAGAAAUAUGUCAUGAGUUUCAUAGAGUUCGUCGUCAUUGGAUCCAUUUGAUGACUGAUGCGAAAUGCGACUUAUAAGAGUUUGAUGAAUAGAGCAGAGGUGAAGCAAAGGUCCAGUCUUUCCUAAAGCUUAGUAUAGAGUAGAAGGGGUGCGAUGUAUGAUGGAGUGGAUCUGGACGUUGUAGUGUAGAUCAGGGUCUGGGAACAUAUAGAAAAGGUAGAUAUGAGCACCGAAAUGUAUGACAGCUGCUGAGUAUCAUAUCUACCUGCACGCGUUCCUUG